AUGCUGCGGAACCUCCCCUCGCAAAUCGAAGCGCGGCGGUCGCGGCUCGCGCGCCGGUUUUCCGCAAAACUGGACGAGUUGCAGACGGCGGUGUUUAUGGCCGGCCGGACGAUAAAUGACAUCACCGGGUACAGCGAGAUCGAUGCGUUGCGGAAGGCGAUCGAGAGGCAGGAAGCAGCGCUGCUUGAGGCGCGCAAGGAGGUGAAGAACGCAAAGGACGCGUAUUCGGCCGCGAUCGCGAAGCGGUCUGCGUCGCAGCGGGAAGUCAACGAGCUGCUGCAGCGGAAGCAGACGUGGUCCCCCAGCGACCUCGAGCGGUUCACGAUCCUGUACCGGUCCGACCACGCGAACGAGCAGGAAGAGCUGCACGCGGGCGAGCGGUUGAACCGCGCCGAGCACGCGGCGGAGGAGGCACAGGCCGAGCUUGGACGGUCGAUUUUGGCGAGGUAUCAUGAGGAGCAGAUAUGGUCGGACAAGAUCAGGCGGGCGUCGACGUACGGGACGUGGGCGUUGAUGGGGUUUAACGUUGUGUUGUUUAUGGUUGUGCAGUUGGGGUUGGAGCCGUGGAAGAGAAAGAGGCUUGUGGGCUCGUUUGAGGAGAAGGUCAGGGAUAUGCUUGACGAGCGGAAGAUUAUAAGUCCUGAGACGCCCGAGCAGCCUACGCCUGACGUCCAGGAGGUUCUGGAUAUGCCGGAGGGUUUACUCCCAGACACUCCCUCCGUCGUGCAAUCAUCUCACAAAGCAUUCUCCGCACACUCAGCAAAAGAAGCCCUCCUCCUUCUCAAGCAAAUUUUCAUCGGCAAAGAACCCGACGGCAAGUCCGUAAGCUCGAGCACGAUUUACGAGUCGACGAGAGCAGAGCUGGCGAUCUUUUCUGGCGCGAGCGCGGUUGCGGGGGCGGCGGUUGUUGGGUUAGUCGCGGCUUUGAUUAGGAUUAGUUUUUCGUAG